GUAUACUGAAUGUAUAUAACUAGCAUCCUUUUUCCACCGGAAUUAUUUUUCGAAAACGCACCGAUAUGCUCGCACGUUAGGUUAUUAGUGUAGUAUAGUGGUAGUGAGUGGUAACUUAAGGAUAACACGAACACUUAAGGAUUACGAUGACGAUACAACAGAUGUUUGUUGCACUUUUGUGCUCGUUAUUGGCAACGCAACAAAUUGCAGCUGUCGUAAAUAAUUCAAAAUCGGCCAGUAUAGAAGAAUCCAGCAACAAAACUGCCAGUGCCGCAAAAAUACCCGAUUCAGUUUCGUCUGCAAGUGAACAAGAGGCGAAGCGUCGCGACGCUCCUCUCAGUGAUACAUACGGCGCCCCCUUGAGUGGGGGAGGAAUCGACUCGUAUGUUCCUUCAGGGCCCAGUAACCCCGGCCUGCCGAUUCCAGUUUACGGAGUCCCCGAUGCACCCUCAAAUAAUAUUGUUUACCCGGCACCACCACCAGACAUACCUCCACCUCUCCCCCAAAUAUCCUCCAGUUAUGGCGUCCCAUUCAAAACUUACGGCCCUCCGCAGUUAAUCAAUAAUUUUGACUUGGGCCACUCAACCGAUUUCGUGCCGCCGCCACCCCCAACAAAGUACCUUCCCCCCAUACGGUCGCACAAACCCUUCAGUGCCCCCAAACUGCCGAGGCCGCGACCGCAUUAUGGGCCCCCACAGAAGCCCAUCUUCGUGCCAAAGUUGCCUAAACCCAACUACGGGCCGCCCAAAUCCGUAUACGGACCGCCAAAGCAACCGCUAUUUGUGCCACAGAAAACCAACUUUAAGCAACAGUCGGUUACGAUUGUUACGGUUCCGUCCAAUAAUUACGGAGUGCCGAAUCUUGGCCAUGGGCAAGACGCGUUCAUCUCACCACCGGCAGCUAUAGGGCAUGGCCAUUACGGACCGCCUGAUCCCGUUCCACACGCGCCUCCUCCGGGAGUACCAGCGCCGCCCACACCGCCGGAUAUUAAGUACGAUGGGUGGCAGCCCAUCCCCGGGUUGGUGUCAAGGCCACCGGAUACGUACGGCGCCCCCGAGGUUGAACACCACGGAACGGCUGAUUUGCAAGUGAACACUGAUUUUAUCCCGCCUCCAGUGGAUGACGGCCACGGUUCGGCCUCACUUGGGCUGGGCUACAGCCCCCCAUCUCAAGGAAUAAGUGACUCGUACGGAGCCCCCUUGAACUCGGUCACCGGGUCGGGGGCUGUAGUUAGCUCGUCUGGGGACGCACACCAUGACGACGAAUCCCUCUCUCUUGGUCUGUCGGCGGCUGGGAUUCACUCCGGCCAAAGUCAUCUCUCAGUGAUCAAAAGCAUAGGAUACGAAAUUUUCCCCAACACUGGGGGUGGGUUGAGUCACACUGGUGACACCUACAGCUCACCACCGCUUGAUUCGUACUCGCUUGAUGGCCCAUAUGCCGCUGCUCAGGCUCAUAAGUCCAAUGGGUUGUCGAGUUUCUCGUUUGGUGGUUCAAUAAAAUCACAUGGUUUGCGUGGAGGCCACGGUUUAAUUCCUCCCAGUGGUCUUUACGGAGCUCCGCCGAGUAGCCAUUACGGGACUCCCCUUUUGGCGAAACCCACUCAACAAUAUGGUCCCCCCUUGAACGCUCUGAAGAUCAAUCCGCCCAAACAUCCCGUUAUUUUCCGAGAACCAGUCCCUCAGGGUUUGAUUCAAUCAAUCGGUCAACACACGGCUCACAAAGAUGCUCACGGUAUUAUUGAGAGUACUCAUUCUAGUAGUUUCUCCUCGGGACCCACCUAUAUUCCUCCCCCAAUUCCCGAUGUGACGAAACCCGUGAAGGAGGAAGAACCACCUUCACCGUCCGGUUUGUACAGCUUGCCCCAUGCACAUUCGGCAGUUUCUUUCCAAAAUGUAGCUCAUGGUUCGUCGUUUGAUUUCGGGUCAAGCCAUUUUGGUGGCGGUCAGCCUUUGACGAGCUACACGGCUCCAUUGGGGAGUAUAGAUGGGUCGUACGGUUUACCGGUACACUCAGCUUCUGGCUAUUCAGUCGCAGUGGACAAUGCACCAUCUGGUGGCUUGACCGUGGGAAUAGACAAUUCUCACCCUCCUGUGACCAUUGAUUUAACUUCUGCCACGAGUAAUGUGGGCCCAAGCUUCGCCCACUUAUCCCAUGGUUAUGGUUACCAAAACGUCCAUGACUGUAGUUCACACAAAUCGCAACCUUUACCGUCAUUAUCUUACGGUGUCCCAUCUGCUAAUACUUAUACCGCGUCUUUGUCGUCUUUGACCACCAAUAUCGGUGGAUCUUAUCACGGUGAUCUUCAAACUGCCCAUUCGCAAAAAGUUUCAACCGGGGUUUCGUACAAUGCGAUCCAUAAUUCAUCAGAAGAAAAAAAUUACGGGAAAUCGCUCGCGCAAAAAUUCGGGCCCGGAGCUGAGUUAAUUCAGUCGCAAAGCCUCGACAUUAAUAAUAUCCCAGUCCAAGGGUCUUUGGGUAGCUAUACUUUGCAAAUCCAGUCAGCGGAUGGUUUAAACGGUCGUCAGUCGUCUUCCGGUCCCGUUCCGCACGCUCAAGUUUUAAACGAUGGUCUGCUACACUCAAUUCUGGCGGCUAUCGAGCAACCGCAGAGCAAAAACACGAAAAUUUUGGGCCAGCCUUUGGCAAAAUUGCAGCCGAGCGAGAGUUACAGCGGAUCUUUUGAGUCCGACUCAGACGGGCAGCAUUCCGUAACAAAUGCCGUUGCCGUUCCAUCACCGGUAACGGAAGCAACUUCAACAACAACGACUACGCAAGAACCAGAAUCGGAGUCUGAAACGGAUACUCCACUCCACUUAAUAGACGACAACGAGAUUGCAUUAUACUUCAGCAACAAUUUGCAAGAUGCAGAUAAUGGCUCUCAGAAAAACGAUACAAGUGAUGGCGUGCUAAACGGUCAGCAGUACGGAAGUUACGUUUCGUUUAAAACGCCGAAUGCUAGUUUCGUGUACGGAAACUUACCAAGUGACAAGUCGCAAGAACGACAAGACAAGGAUUAGUGUGUCGAAUCUGCUCAAGAACUUUUUAGUCAUGAACUGAGUUCCACUCAAAUGAAGUUGGAGUGGAGUUCGGGUAUUGUUAUUUAUGCGCGGCUCACUUUCGAGGCCUAGAAGCCUCUAAGGCGAUCUGAUAUUAUUAGUGAUCGAAAUAAUUUAUUGUAUGUUUAAUUGAUAGAUUAAGGAGAAAAAACUAUGUACAAAAGUUUUUUAAAAACUAAUAAAACAUGCCUGGAA